AUGGGUGCCAAUCAAUCCAAGCUUGUAGCCUUCUUCGAAGAAACCACCGACCCACAGAUGCCGCCGACAGUUUAUCGAAUUCCAAAAUUUCUUGAAUUGUGGCCUAUGCCAAGGAACCCUGUUUCUGGAGCGGACAGUGUCAAAAUUCCUACCAUGGAGGGCUACACGAUGAUUUUUUUGCCAGUGGCUCCGGCCCCAAAAGAAAAGGCGCCUCACGAGUGGACUGCCCAGAUCGUUGAAACAGGAGGUGGGGAAGGGAUGUCAACCGAACAAUCGGCAAAAGGAGCCAUAAUCACAGUGGAAAUUACAACGUCAUCAAAAAGUUACUUUGGGGAGUGGUACCUUCAAAUUGAUACGAACCUGCUGGAGGACAAGAAACGGGCGCUCAAUUACAAAAUGAAAAAACCUUUCAUGCUUCUCUUUAACCCCUGGAACCCAAAGGACACUGUGUACAUGCAGGAUGAAAAAAUGAGGCAAGAGUUAGUGCUGAGAGAUGAAGGAAUCCUCUUCUGUGGAAUUCAUAAGAAGAUGGACAAGAAACCUUGGACGUACGAUCAAUAUUGCCCUGGUGUAAUAGAAUGCUGCAACCUAAUGAUGACAUCUGACCAAAUAUCUGUACGCGAUAGGAACGAUCCUGUCAAGAUUUCCAGGCUUCUGGCUGCGCUGGUAAAUGCUCAAGACGAUACUGGGAUAAUGGAGGGCUGUUGGGAUGGCAAUUACAAGGAUGGCAUUAGCCCUAACGCGUGGAUCAGCAGCGCCAAAAUCAUCCAAAAGUAUAUUGAGACCGGAAAAUCGGUCAAAUUCGCACAAUGCUGGGUGUUCGGAGGGCUCAUCACCACAUUGGCUCGAGCUAUGGGCAUCCCGACACGCACUGUGACCUGCUAUAACAGUGGACAUGACUCAGAUUCAACCCUCACCAUUGACAACUUCAUUGAUGAAAUGGCUGAGACUUUGAAAAAUAUGACCGAGGACACGACUUGGAACUACCAUGUGUGGAACGAGAUGUGGAUGACUAGACCAGAUAUAGAGGCCGAGACUGGAGAGCAGAUCUAUGGUGGAUGGCAGGCUAUUGAUGGAACUCCUCAGGAGACAUCGGGUGGAGUAUAUCGAGUGGGGCCGUGCAGCGUGGCAGCUGUCAAGAUGGGUGAGGUGAAACGUCCAUACGACGUGCCGUACGUGUUAUCAGAAGUGAAUGCAGAUUACGUCAGCAUCGGAAAGAGUAUUGUCACUCAAAAACUAGGAUCCUAUGAAAGGGAGGAUAUCAUCACUAACUACAAAGUACUUGGCAGUAAUAAAGAAGAGCGCAAUAUAAUGAACUGGGCUUGGAAGCGUAUGGGCGACGUUUUCCCUCGCUUUGAAAAGAACAAAGAAUCAGCCGAGAUGAAAUUCUCAUUGGAUCCCGCGAAAGACGUGAUGCUCGGAGAAACUCUCUCGAUACGUAUUCGCACAAAUAACAAGAGCAAGCAUAAUGAAUUAAAAGUUAAAGUCGUGUUGACCUUGGAAAGCGUCACUUACACAAAUAAGUAUUUAGGUAAAAUAAAGCAAGAUGUGUACAACCAUGUCGUCGGAAAAAACGCGGAUCAAAUUUUAAUGGAGGUACCCUACCAUGAAUAUGCAAAAAUGGACAAGGAACAAGGAUAUAUGCGAGCCAACAUGUUGGCAAGUGUGCCAGAACUGAAACUGGACUAUUUUCUGAAGCAGUCAUUCCGAGUCCGAGCGCCGGAUAUCCAAGUUACCACUCAUGGAGAGCGUGUAAAAGGUAAGCCGCUACAAGUGACUACCACGUUUAAGAAUACUCUGCCUAAAUUCAUAUCGAAGGCUUACAUAGUAUUGCAUGGGAGUGGUGUUGGAGAAGGUCAGAAGCACCUCUUUAGAAAUGGUGCCAAACCGGGUGAGGAACUGAGUCACACGUUUAAAGUCAUUCCUGUGCGCUCGGGAGACAUCUUACUAAAUGCCAAGCUCUGGUCUCCGGAAAUGAAAUUUGCGGAAGGAUACCUAAAUGUGACAAUAAAGUGA